UGCAUAUAUUAUGAUCCUUUAUUAUGUCAUAUUCAAUCCAAAUCAGAAUUAGGAUACACCAUCAAUACUACUUUACCAUCUAAUUUAACAGUUAAUCCGUACACCACCAACACUGAAUCUGUCACAAUUACAAAU